UUUUGUCUAUGGGGAAUAUACUAAGGUUAAAUCAAAAUAAAAAUAACCUAAAAGUUUAUUGUUAUUAAAAUAUUAAAAUGAAUAUUUGUGUGAAAACUAAGUAUUUACGACCAAGCUUUGUCAGUAGCUUGUGUCGUUUUUCUACAGCACCAGAUUUAGAACAAAAUGAGCAAGUAGUGUUAAUUGAUGAUACAGAAGAUGUUCAGGCUAAAGAAGCAGCAAUUGAAAAGAAAAGAAAUAAGUCUGGUCUGAAUCCGGCACAUUAUAACAUAAUCAAUGAUAGACGACCGUAUGAUACACCUAUGUGUAUAGCUCACUUAACAGUAAAGUAUAGUAGAAAAAUGUAUGGAAAAUAUGGUAUAGCCAGUGGAGUUAAUCCAAGUCUUUGUUGGCCCACCAAAGAAGAAAUAAAAGAAAAAAAAGAAUUUGAAUCAGUUGCAUAUCCCUACACAAUUAAACAGGUAAUGGAUUCAGUGGAGAUAAAGAGACAGGAACAAAAGCUAAAAACUGAACAAAGAGAGAUGGAGUUAGCUACAAAGUUUGCUAAGUUGGAUCAAUGGAAGAAGGAAUUAAAUGAUAAGAUUAACAAGAAAGCCAAUGAGAUCAAAGCUGCAAAGCAAAAGAAGGAACGUCUUGUAGAAGAAGUGAGAAGGCAUUUUGGUUUCACGCUUGAUCCAAGAGACGAACGAUUCCAAGAGAUGCUGGCUAAAAGGGAGAAAGAGCAAAAGAAACUGGAAAAGCAAGCUAAAAUGGAAGCGAAGGAGAAGAUGAUGAUUGCUAAACUGCAACAAAAGAAUGUUGAAAUCAGUGAAAAGUGAGUCCCUACUUAGGGACUAGUAUAUUACUAGGGACUAGUAUAGUAUAUAUUUCUAGAGUAAUAAAUUAAUGUUUUAAUCUGA